AUGCAGAGAAAGGUUUUGCUGUGUAUCGUUCUUGUUCAAUUUGGAACGUGGCUUUCUCUUGGCAAUGCUGCAGCCGUGAAGUUCAAAGAUUGUGACCAUGUACGUGCAGCGGGGUUUGUCAAAAACCAGACAUACACCGUGUGGAUGAAUGAUACAACUUCCUUCAAGAUUCGUUGCGAACAUGGAAUAUCAACCUCGAAUGCAGUGAUUAUGAUGAGAUUAAACGGGACAGAAAAUUUCAAUCGUUCCUGGCGGGAUUAUCAGAGGGGGUUUGGCAAUCCUAAAUUUAACCACUGGCUGGGGCUCGAUAAGAUUCACUACUUAACCAGUAGAGGUUAUAACAUACUAACUGUAAACAUGCUUGAUUGGUAUGCCGUUUUAAAGUCCGUCCGCUAUUUUCAUUUCAACGUAUCCAGUGCACCAAACUUUCAACUCUCCAUCAGGGACUAUCUGGGUCAAGUUCCAGAUGACCUUUUGUACAACCAUGGAAUGAACUUCGCUACGUAUGACAAGGGAGAAUUCGACUACAAUGAUUGUGCACAGAAGCUGAGAGCGGGGUGGUGGUACAAUGACUGCACGUACGCCCUACCAACAGGUGUUUACUAUCCGGGAGGGGACUACUCGCCUAAAGGGGGGUUCUAUGAUGGAAUGUUCUGGAAGGACUGGAGGGGAUACGGAUACUCACUAAAAGUCAUGAGGAUGGUUCUUUCUACUUCCGUGUAA